AUGCAAUGUUUGUACUUUCUUCCUGCAAUGGCCCGUCCUCCAUGCUUCACACAGCCAGUCUCUGUUGAGAUUCUCCGGUGGCUCUCUAUUCAAGACCAAGACCACAUCGAGCCAAUGUCCAACAAGCAGGACAGCAACUCAUCAGAGGGAGAGGAGAAAGGGUGGCCUGAUGUCCCGAAGAGAAAGAGGAAAAACAGCCAGUGUUCUGUGAAGAGCAUGUCUGCUCUUAGUGUCUCUGUUGCAGGGUACAUCCCCAGCUACUUGGAGAAGGACGAGCCGUGUGUAGUGUGCGGGGAUAAAGCCACAGGAUAUCAUUACCGCUGUAUCACCUGUGAAGGCUGCAAGGGUUUCUUUCGGAGAACUAUUCAGAAGAAUCUGCAUCCUUCUUACUCGUGUAAAUAUGAAGGCUGCUGCAUCAUUGACAAGAUCACUCGAAACCAGUGCCAGCUGUGUCGCUUUAAGAAGUGCACCUCUGUGGGAAUGGCCAUGGACUUGGUACUGGAUGAUUCAAAGCGUGUGGCCAAGCGGCGGCUGAUAGAGCAGAACCGUGAGAAGAGAAAGAAGGAAGAGAUGGUGCGAAUGAUGCACCUGCGGCCGGAGCCCGACAGCUCUGAGUGGGAGCUCAUCAGGAUGGUCACAGAGGCCCACAAAAACACCAAUGCACAAGGCUCCGCCUGGAAACAGAAACGCAAAUUCAUGCCGGACGACAUCGGACAAGGGUCCAUGUUGCCCACCUCAGAUGGAGAUAAGGUCGACCUGGAAGCUUUUAGUGAGUUCACAAAGAUCAUGACGCCAGCAAUCACCCGUGUUGUGGACUUUGCCAAGAAGCUGCCCAUGUUUUCUGAGUUGCCGUGCGAGGACCAGAUAAUCCUCCUGAAGGGUUGCUGUAUGGAGAUUAUGUCGCUUCGAGCCGCUGUGCGUUAUGACCCGGAGAGUGAGACGCUGACGCUCAAUGGAGAGAUGGCAGUGAAGAGGGAGCAGUUGAAAAACGGUGGACUGGGAGUUGUGUCAGACGCCAUCUUUGAUUUGGGAAAAAGCUUGGCCCAGUUCAACUUGGACGACACAGAGGUGGCGCUGAUGCAAGCUGUGUUGCUCAUGAGCUCAGACCGCUCGGGACUGACCAGCAUGGACAAGAUCGAGCAGUGUCAGGAGGCCUUCCUGCUGGCGUUUGAACACUACAUCAACUACAGAAAGCACAACAUUCCCCACUUCUGGCCUAAGCUGCUGAUGAAGGUGACGGACCUGCGCAUGAUCGGAGCAUGCCACGCCAGCCGCUUCCUCCACAUGAAGGUGGAGUGUCCCAACGAACUCUUUCCACCACUCUUCCUCGAGGUGUUUGAGGACCAGGAAGUCUAA